GGCAUUCUUAAUCGAAUAAGUUACUGUUCUUGUAAUCUCGGCUAUCGGCUAUUCAUGUCUUCCGCAGAUUGUGCUUCGGCGCUUGAGUGACACAAGAUAACAAACAAGGUCAAAGGACAUUUCCAUGUCCUCCAGAUUCUGGAGGAAAGAUGGACAACACAGGCUAUUGUGGCGAGAGCUUCAACAGCCUGCAGAGCGGAACCAGCGAUGAGGACAUGGUGGAAAUCGCAGGAGCCACGCUGGACUUCUCCAGCACCGAUGACGUGCCUCCUCUGGACCGGGACUAUGGCUCAGGUGGUUCAUAUGGAGUUAGUAAUGGGCCUAAUGGGAUUCCUAAACUGAUGGAUUUACUAGAUGAACCAGUGCCUGGGGUCGGCACUUAUGAAGACUUCAACACCAUCGACUGGGUCCGGGAGAAAUCUAAGGACCGAGAUCGCCACCGAGAGAUUGCUACCAAGAGUAAAGAGUCCACCUUGGCUCUGAUGAAGAGUAUCAGUGAUGCCUUCUCUGGCUGGCUUCUCAUGCUGCUCGUGGGACUGAUGGCAGGUGCCCUGGCUGGUGGCAUCGACAUCUCUGCCCAUUGGAUGACAGAUCUGAAGGAGGGAGUGUGUCUGAACGGCUUCUGGUUUAAUCAUGAGCACUGCUGCUGGAACUCCAACGAGACAACCUUCCAGGAGAGAGACAAAUGCCCUAACUGGAAAAGCUGGGCAGAGCUCAUUGUCGGUACUAAUGACGGUCCUUUUGCUUACAUCAUGAAUUACCUGAUGUAUGUGUGCUGGGCUCUGCUGUUCUCCUUCCUGGCUGUGUCUUUAGUCAGGGCCUUUGCCCCGUAUGCUUGUGGCUCUGGAAUACCUGAGAUCAAGACCAUCCUGAGUGGGUUUAUCAUCCGAGGCUACCUGGGUAAAUGGACUCUCAUGAUUAAAACCAUCACCCUGGUGCUGGCUGUGUCAUCUGGACUCAGUCUGGGCAAAGAAGGGCCACUGGUCCAUGUUGCUUGUUGCUGUGGCAACAUCCUAUGCCACUUGUUCACCAAGUACCGGAGGAAUGAGGCAAAGAGACGAGAGGUAUUGUCUGCUGCAGCUGCUGUUGGUGUGUCAGUAGCUUUUGGUGCACCGAUUGGUGGAGUUCUGUUCAGUCUGGAAGAGGUGAGUUAUUAUUUCCCUCUGAAGACGCUGUGGCGCUCUUUCUUUGCUGCGUUGGUAGCGGCCUUCACCCUUCGGUCCAUCAACCCGUUUGGUAACAGCAGGCUGGUGCUCUUCUACGUGGAGUUCCACUCCCCUUGGCACUUGCUGGAGCUCAUACCCUUUAUCCUGUUGGGUAUUUUCGGGGGAAUCUGGGGAGCUUUCUUCAUCCGUGCAAACAUUGCAUGGUGUCGUCGGCGCAAGACCACGCGGCUGGGUCACUACCCUGUUUUGGAGGUGCUGGUUGUUACGGCGGUCACGGCUCUGCUGGCGUUCCCCAACAGCUACACGCGUAUGAGCACCAGCGAGCUGAUCUCUGAGCUGUUCAAUGAUUGUGGUCUGCUGGAUUCCUCACAGCUGUGUAAUUAUGCCAAUGUGAGCGUCACCAAGAGCAGCAGUGAUGCUCUGCCUGAUAGACCAGCAGGACAUGAUGUGUACACCGCCAUGUGGCAGCUCUCACUGGCCCUGAUCUUCAAGAUGCUCAUCACAGUGGUGACCUUUGGCAUGAAGGUGCCCUCUGGCCUCUUCAUCCCCAGUAUGGCUGUGGGAGCGAUUGCAGGCAGGCUGCUUGGUGUGGGUAUGGAACAACUGGCAUAUUACCAUCAUGACUGGGCAAUCUUCAGAGGCUGGUGCUCACCUGGAGCAGACUGCAUCACCCCUGGCCUUUAUGCCAUGGUGGGCGCCGCCGCCUGUCUGGGUGGUGUAACUCGUAUGACCGUCUCUCUGGUGGUCAUUAUGUUUGAGCUAACAGGCGGCCUGGAAUACAUUGUGCCUCUCAUGGCUGCCACCAUGACUAGUAAAUGGGUGGCAGAUGCUCUGGGCCGAGAGGGUAUUUAUGAGGCUCACAUCCGUCUCAACGGUUACCCCUUCCUGGAGUCUAAGGAGGAGUUCAGCCACAAGACGCUGGCCAUGGACGUGAUGCGACCCCGCCGCAGCGACCCCCCGCUCUCUGUCAUCACUCAGGAUGGGAUGAGCGUGGAGGAAGUCGAGUCGCUCAUUGCUGAAACCUCAUACAGCGGUUUCCCUGUGGUGGUCUCACAUGAGUCUCAGAGACUUGUGGGCUUUGUACAGCGCAGGGAUCUGGUCAUAUCUAUUGAAAAUGCUCGUCAGCGUCAGGAAGGUGUGGUUAGUGCCUCCCGAAUCUUCUUCACUGAAUACACACCUCCACAGCCACCCAACAGUCCUCCUCCAUUGAAACUUCGUGGUAUCAUGGAUCUCAGCCCAUUUACUGUUACCGACCACACUGCCAUGGACAUUGUGGUGGACAUCUUUCGCAAGCUGGGUCUGCGCCAGUGUCUCGUCACUCACAAUGGGCGUUUACUAGGCAUCAUCACCAAAAAGGACAUUCUGAAACAUAUGGCCCAAAUGGCCAACCGAGACCCUGACUCUAUUCUCUUCAACUGAAGUGCCAAACUGGCUGUUAGGAAACGCCAGUCAGUUUGAAACCACCCAUUGGGCAGAGAACACCAGUCUAGCCAAAAGAUUUGCACUACUGAACUGUCAGUACUGGAUUAGCUUCCAUUCACACUGUGAAUCCAUUUGUCGAGCCUCAUUGGCGCAGGCGAUACAACUGCAGGAUGGAGGAUCUUCAGCAGCAUUCAAUGCACUCUGGCAACUAGCUUAAAAGUGGGAUUGAGUGCAACCAACUGUUGGUGUUCGAGGUAGUCAACCUAUAACAACAUAUCAGUGCAUCGAAACAUAUCACAAUAUAUACCACACAAGCAAAACUGUAACAUUUUGUAGCAUAAAUCUAAAUAUAGAAAUUCACGUAUCCGGCCUCUGUUGGAUCGUAUUACUCAAACCCAAAACACCUCUGGUGAAAAGACCACAUUCUCAUCUUUCAGGUUUUAAGAGACAUUCUUGUGUAUGUCAAGAGGAAGUCACAAGGAAUCAGUAGCAGAUGUGCAUUGCAUAUUUCCCUAGAGUUCUCCCGCCUUCCACUACAGAAUGGAAGUUAAUCACAAGUUAAAACCAUUAUUUGUUGUUUACAUUUUUUUUAUUUUUACUCUGUUUAAAUGAGCACUUGCAAGUAUUUAAGCAUCUGAAAGCUCACGGGACGAAUGUUAUUUAGUUUUAGCUGAAUCUUAACGCUUUAUGAGUCAUUUAUGUGUCAUGGAGGGGAUUUAUAGUUUCCACAUUUUGUCACGUCUAUAACACGUUUCCAGACUUGUAAUCGGUCAUUAGAAGCACCGUGUAGUUUCUGCCAAGUAAUGACACUUUAAAAGACUCACUGUCUACAGAUUUUUCAGAUUACAUGCACUUUUUAAAAAUACAGCUUCAUUUUUACACUACCAUUCAGAAGUUUGGGGUCAGUAACAUUUAUGUUUUUAGAAUAAAUUCUCUUAUGCUCAACAAGGCUGCAUUUAUUUGAUCUAAA